GAAAAUCAAAUAAAAUAAAUCGUAGCUCCUGCCGCUUCGCUCUUGUUGUAUUUGCAGUCGCACUCAACUCUCCGUCAAACGCAGCCGGAGUUCGUGCCAGAAACAGUGAGAUAUUUUAGGUCUUUCUGUUCAGUUCAAACAUCUUAUUCUUAACGGAUCUCUCUCUCUCUCUCAAUGUCGACUUUCGGAGCCGCAAAUACAAAUCCAAACAAGUCCUAUGAGGUAUCCCAACCACCUUCUGAUUCUAUCUCCAGUCUUUGUUUCAGUCCCAAGGCCAAUUUCCUCAUCGCUUCUUCAUGGGACAGCCAGGUUCGGUGUUGGGAGAUAUCAAGGAAUGGAACUGCUCUUAACAGUACACCCAAGGCUUCUAUUUCUCAUGAUCAACCAGUUUUGUGCUCCACUUGGAAGGAUGAUGGAACAACUGUUUUCUCUGGAGGUUGUGACAAGCAGGUCAAGAUGUGGCCGCUUUUGUCUGGAGGACAACCAGUGACUGUUGCCAUGCAUGAUGCUCCUAUCAAAGACAUUGCAUGGAUACCAGAGAUGAAUCUUUUAGCCACAGGAAGCUGGGACAAAACCAUAAAGUAUUGGGAUACUAGGCAGCCCAAUCCAGUCCAUACUCAACAACUCCCCGAUCGCUGUUAUUCAAUGACAGUGAGACAUCCUCUGAUGGUUGUGGGAACUGCGGAUAGGAAUCUGAUUGUUUUUAACUUGCAGAAUCCUCAGACUGAGUACAAAAGAAUAGUAUCACCCCUGAAAUAUCAGACUAGAUGUGUUGCUGCUUUUCCAGAUCAACAAGGUUUUUUGGUUGGCUCAAUAGAAGGAAGGGUUGGAGUACAUCACCUUGAUGAUGCACAACAAAGCAAGAAUUUUACUUUUAAAUGCCACAGAGAAAAUAAUGAGAUAUAUUCUGUCAACUCCUUAAAUUUCCAUCCGGUACAUCACACUUUUGCAACUGCUGGAUCUGAUGGUGCGUUUAAUUUCUGGGAUAAGGACAGUAAACAGAGACUCAAGGCUAUGCAAAGGUGCAGUCAGCCCAUACCUUGCAGUGCAUUCAACAAUGAUGGUUCCAUAUAUGCUUACGCGGUUUGUUAUGAUUGGAGCAAAGGUGCAGAAAAUCACAAUCCAACUACAGCAAAGAACUGCAUUUAUUUGCACUUACCACAGGAAUCUGAGGUUAAAGGUAAGCCACGAGCUGGAGCAACGGGUAGAAGGUGAAGUUUGGUGUUAAAGGUUCUGUGCUUUGGUGCAUUCAUAACAAGGAUUUGAAACUAGAAUGAGAGAUCAAUUGUUUAAUGUUUUGGUGCGACGACUAAAAUGAUCAGAUUCUGUCUCAUUCUUUGGUUUUCAUCUAAAAUUUUCUUUCUUAGGUUUGCCUAUUUUUCUACUCGACUGUACUUUUAUCAUGAUUUAGGGUUAGGCUGCUACUCUUUUAUUAUCACAUGUAUGUAUAGAUUCAAAUGAUGCUGAUACCUUUUAAAAUUCACGGGGAUGGAUCACAAUGAGUUCUUUUCGUACAUAGAAAUGCAAUGUAGGCGCGUCAUUUUGGUAUGGAUAUCAUCACUGUUCAAUGAUAUAUAUCUUAACAUGUUU